AUGCAGGGCGCAGCUCGCACUGACACAGAGCUUGUGUCCUCCAUGAUGCAAAAAAUCACUCUGUUGGAAGAAAAAAUACAGAAACAAGCACAAGAAAUCCAACUGAAGGAUAGGAGGAUUGCUGAACUUGAAGAGAAGAUGAAGACUAGUCAGAAAGGAGAAGAUGCUUCCAGUUCAUCCACAGCAGAGGAACUGGAAGUUAGGUGCUUUCAGCUGCAGACCCAGGUCUGGGAGAUGGAGCGGUUUCUAAAUGACUAUGGUCUGGUUUGGGUUGGAGAGAGACAUGAACAGCUGGAAGAUAUAGAAUCACUAAAGGAUGAAGAAGAACUACCAGCAAGGAGCCUCUGGAAGCCAGGUGAAGCAGUUGUUUCCACACACCAGAUUGAUUUUGAUUUAAUCUUGGAAAAGGUGAAGGAUUUGAAUGUGCUGGCUGGAGAAGGCAUUUCUCAAAUCGAGCACACGCCUGGGGGUGCUCGGCUGAGACAGCCAGAACCUCUCCCUCUUACGCUGUAUCAAAACGGCAUCAUCAUGUUCAACAGACCCUUUCGGCCCUACGAGGACCCAUCGACACAGCAAUGCAUGCAGGAUAUUAUGGAUGGCUAUUUCCCUUCAGAGUUGCAAAUGCACUACCCAGAUGGCAUCCCUUUGCAGGUCAUUGACAGAAGGGACAUGGUAUUUCGGGAGAGAGACCUUCCAGGGAGUUUUCCUGGCCCUGGCCAAGUGGUUGGCUAUUCAAAGUCAAGUGAGGUGCAGGAGACCACUGAGAUCCCAGGUCCCAAACUCUCCUUGGAACAGUUUCUCAACAAACUUUCCAAGCCCUUGAAACACGGAGAAGCAAUCAGUGUCCGAGGCUCGGCCAGAGCAGCACAGCAGGGCUCUAGUGGGGUGCAGAGCAGCAACGAGAUCCUGGUGGAGACACCUAGGCUGUCUGCCCUGGAGAGGGUGAAGACAGCUGAAGAGGCUGAAACUUCUGCCCCUGAUAUCUGCACCCUCCGCAUCAAAUCUGAGAGCGGGGAGCAGACGUACAUCAUAAAGAUGCUGUUCACAGAGACCAUAGGGGACCUGCGCCAACGCCUUGCCCACGCCAGGGGUGGAGACUCCAACUCAUAUGAGAUCAUCAGUACCUUUCCCCAGAGGGUGUACACGGACAACUCCAGGAGCCUGCAGGAAUGUGGCCUGAUCCCCAAUGCCUCCUUGCUGCUGCGGAGAAGAGACCCCUCCCAACAAGAGGGGACAGGGCUGUAA